GACCAUCUGCGCAUGUCACGAUAUCAAGCGUAGUCAAGUGUGCUAGCAGCUGCUAUUAAAACACAUCGCAGAACGAUACAAAGACGCUAAUAAGUCACUGAUAGUCUUUGCCUGCUAUCAUGGACAUAUUUAUGUAAUAUAAAAGGCGUCUUUAAUUCUUCGUGUCUGGAUAAACUACUCAAUGGGCGAGAACCUUCGCGGGCUAGCUUAGCAAGCUAACUGCAACACAGAGGCGGAAGUUAUCAAACCAUAGCUUAGCAGAAUUCAGGUGUGAGUGGAAAGUUGUUAUUAUGUGUGACGUACAGAUGCUUAGAGCACUGGUGAAUCAGCGUUUAACUGCGGUUGUUGACGAAAUAUUUGUUGAGUUCGAAAGAACGCUAGCAUGGUACGAUGGGGAACUUUCUCGACAACGUCAGCUACUCAACGUUGUGUUCAAGGUCCCUCGAGUGGUCUUACACAGAACAGACGUCCAUAAUGAUUUUCCCCCAGAGGAGUGGAGAUGCAAGGUGGAGCAGGAGGAGCCACAGCUCCUCCACAUUAAAAAGGAGGAGGAGGAGGAUCACUUUGAUAGUCUGGAACCGUUUCCUGUGAAGAAUGAAGACGAUGAAGAUAAAGGUCAAAGCGAGGAGACGAGAGAGCUGGAGCCUCCAAGCAGCAGCUCAACUCUGCACACGACCAUCGAAGCUGAUGGAGGAUCACAAGCAGACAACUUCUUCGUGCUGCUACUGCCUGACAAUAUGGAAGAGUUUCCCGUGAUGAAUGUGCUCGUGAGGAGCGAAGACGAUGACGACAAAGGUCAAAGCGAGGAGAGGAGAGAGCUGGAGCCUCCAAGCAGCAGCUCAACUCAGCAGCACACGACCAUCGAAGCUGAUGGAGGAUCACAAGCAGACGACGUCUUAGCGCCGCUAUCGGAUAGUGACGACACGACGUCAAACUGUCCUGACGCUAACAACGAAAGCUCUAAAGCCAAUGAGACGCAUUCAAAGUGGGUAAAGUGUGGUAAAGACGCCCGUUCAAAUUUGAAAGCACGCACGAAAAUACACACGGGAGCGAAACCUUUUUCCUGUUCGGUGUGUGGUAAAGGUUUUGCACUCAAUCGAGCUUUGAAAGUACACACAAGAACGCACGGAGGAGAGAAAACGGUUUUCUGCUCAAUUUGUGGUAAAGGUUUUGCGGAAACUGGAUCCUUGAAAAAACACAUGACAACGCACACAAAGGACGAACGAGCGUGUUGGUUUUGCGGUGAGAGAUUCUGUCAAAUAACGGAUUUGACAGAACACUAUAAAACGCACACUGGAGAGAAACCUUUCUCCUGUUUGGUGUGCGGUAAAUGUUUUGUACGAAAACGGAGUUUGACAUCACACAUGAGAGUACACACCGGCGAGAAACAUUUUAAAUGUUCAGUGUGUUGUAUGCGUUUUGCUAAGCCGCUGUAUUUGGAAAUACACAAAAGUAUCCAUGCUAGAGAGAAAGUAUUGAAAUGCGGAGUGUGUGAUAAGAGAUUCUCCUAUAAGUACCAACUUAACGCUCACAAGUGUGCUGGUGUAACAGCAGCAGUAAAUGAAGCUGCUGGACUUUAAAUAAGCUGUCCAGACUUCCUGUUUGUAUGUGUAAGUGUUUCCCAUUUGCAAUAAAAAAUAAUAGCCCUUA